UCUUCGUCCGUCGUUCAGACGAGUCGCAGUCGCAUUCGCAGUCGCAUUCGUAGUCGGACCGUUAAUUGAUUCGCGUUUGUUUUUCGUAAUCGGUCAAAUUAAUUUUUCCUCCUCCAAACCGAGCGAGGAAGAAAUUAUUCAUGUUCAAGUACAAACGUGUGCACCUCAUUGCGUCCUAGGAGAAAGGGUUGUUCAAAGUGUUGCGCGUUUGAUUUGCUGCCGAGAAUUCGAAAAGGUUUCGUCGGAGCAAAGGUUAGCGGACCGAAGAAGACUUGGUACCUGUUUUCCCAUCGGCUGUUGUUGGCUCCCUGCUUUCCAUCCAGAGGGAGUUUUGAUCUCCCUUCGGCGGCACCAUGCAGCCCCUGCAGUACUGUCCGAGCAAUGUGUCCAUGGCGGUGGUGUGGUUCAACCAUGGCAUCUCGCAGUGCUUUCUGGACACGGUCUCGGUGGCCACCAUCGGCGGCUUCCUGCUGCUCUUCGGAACCAUACAGCUGAUCAUGUACCGGCGCCAUGGGACGGAAGUAAGCCCGACCCAAAUCUAUCCAUCCAAGAUGUACAACUUUCAGCUGUUCCUGUUGGUGCUGCUUCCGGUACUGACCGUGGUGCGAUUCAUACUGGAAGGAUUCGUAUUCGAAGGAGCUCGAGUGUACGGCUUCAUGAUUGUGGCGUUGUGCAUCACGCUCUUCAUGUAUCCGUAUUCGAUAAUCCUGCUCGUGAAGGAACGUCACUACAUAUUGCCAUCCGUCCCUACCAGAGGACACGGUCUAGUCCUGCUGCUCUUCUGGACUCUGCUGUUCAUCGCCCAGAACAUAGCAUUCGUCAAUUUGAACUACGACAAAGCCUGGUUCCACCUGGUCACCGUCCAGGACAAGGUCGAAUUCGCGCUAUUCGUACUACGCUACACGGCCACUCUUUUCGUGUUCGUCAUUGGCCUUAAGGCACCGGCCAUCACUUCGACCCAGCUAGGCGAAUUGUACCAGAAUCUCACGCAGGAUCAGGACAACCAAUCCACCUUCCGCAAUGCAUGGCAAAAAAUGCGCACCCUUAUGCCAUACCUGUGGCCCAAGAAGGAUUUCCUGCUGCAGUUCCGUGUGAUCAUGUGCUUUGCGCUUCUCCUAUCCGGACGCGUUAUCAAUCUGUACGUUCCGAUCUACAACAAGAAAAUCGUGGACAGCCUUUCGGAGCGGCCUUUGGUGUUCCGCUGGGACUGGGUGCUGAUUUACGUGGCCUUCAAGUUCCUCCAGGGCGGCGGAACCGGAUCCAUGGGUGUGCUUAACAAUCUGAGGAGCUUCCUCUGGAUCCGCAUCCAGCAGUACACGACCCGCGAGAUCGAAGUGGAACUGUUCCGUCAUCUGCACAGCUUGUCGCUGCGAUGGCAUCUGAACAGGAAAACGGGCGAAGUGCUGCGGGUGAUGGAUCGCGGAACGGACAGUAUCAACAACCUGCUGAACUACAUUCUGUUCUCGAUUACGCCCACCAUUGUGGACAUUUUGGUGGCGGUUGUGUUCUUCGUGAUGGCGUUCAACUGGUGGUUCGGGUUCAUUGUGUUCCUGACGAUGGCGCUGUAUAUUGUGGCCACCAUCAUGGUAACCGAGUGGCGUACCAAGUUCCAACGUCGCAUGAACCUGGCCGACAACCAGCAGAAGGCUCGCAGCGUCGAUUCGUUACUAAACUUUGAAACCGUCAAAUACUACGGUGCCGAACAGUACGAGGUGGAUAGCUAUCGGGAGGCCAUCCUCAAGUAUCAGGACGAAGAAUGGAAAUCUUCGAUUACGUUGAACAUUUUGAACACCAUGCAGAACGUUAUUGUCUGUGGAGGUCUACUGGCCGGAUCGCUACUCUGUGCGUAUCUGGUUGUGUACGAGGAAGGGCUAACCGUGGGCGACUACGUGCUGUUUGCCAGUUACAUAAUCCAACUUUACGUUCCGCUGAACUGGUUCGGAACAUUCUAUCGUGCCAUCCAGAAGAACUUUGUCGACAUGGAGAACAUGUUCGACCUGAUGCGUGAAGAGCAGGAGGUGAUCGACGCCCCCGGAGCCGGAGAGCUGGCUGUGAUCCGCGGUGGUGGCAUCGACUUCUCCAACGUUACCUUCGGCUACACUCCAGAACGUUUCGUCCUGCGGAACGUGAGUUUUACCGUACCGGCGGGUAAAACCGUCGCCAUCGUAGGCCCAUCGGGUGCAGGUAAGAGUACGAUUAUGCGUCUGUUGUUCCGAUUCUACGACGUCGAAAGCGGAAGCAUUUCGAUCGACGGUCAGAACAUCAAAACAGUUAAGCAGGCUUCGUUGCGGAAGGCGAUCGGUGUGGUUCCUCAGGACACGGUACUGUUCAACAACACGAUCAAGUACAACAUUCAGUACGGUCGGGUUGAUGCUCCGGAGGUGGACGUGAUCAUGGCCGCCAAGAGUGCGGAUAUUCACGAAAAAAUUCUCACCUUCCCCGAUCAGUACGAAACCGCGGUUGGUGAGCGAGGUUUGAGAUUAAGCGGAGGCGAGAAACAACGAGUGGCCAUUGCUCGUACCAUUCUCAAAUCUCCGUUCAUUGUUCUGCUGGAUGAGGCCACCAGUGCGUUGGAUACCCAGACGGAAAGAAACAUCCAGUCAGCACUAUCGAAAGUUUGUGCCAAUCGAACCACUCUUAUUAUAGCCCAUCGACUGUCGACAAUCAUCCAUUCCGAUGAUAUCAUAGUCCUGAAGGAUGGAGUAAUUGUUGAACGUGGUCGCCAUGAGGCCCUGUUGGAGAAACAAGGUGUCUAUGCUGACAUGUGGAACCAACAGUUGAAAAAUUUGGAAGCCGGAUCGUCGAGCGAUGAACAAACUUCGCAGCCGCAGCAGCAGGGGUUGAGCAAUGGUAAAGCGGUAUCAAAUAGUGUGGUUGCACAUCACCACCAUCACCAUUAGUAAAGACUGUAGGCAUUAUGCGUAGAAUUGUUAGAAACCAAGAAGCGAGUUGGAAUCCCAUUUUCCAAAGACGUGAUUUAAGAGCUUGGGGUAGAUUAGGGUUGCUGGUUGCUCAAUUGCCUAAUGUUCUUACAGAAGAAGUAACAGCAGUGCCUAGCCUCAGAGAUGUGAUGUACAAAGAUUUAAGGACGAGGAUCAAAACGUCUUCAUACGAGAGAAAGAUACUUUAUAACCGUUAGUUAACUUAUUGUGCACUGAUUUUCCUUCAUUACACUUUGAAUGUGAUUUGCAAAUGGACGAAGUGAAUCUACA